UAUAGUACAUUUUCCUUCAAUUUCUCUUUAUCUAAAGUAAAUACUGUUGAAGUGCACAAUGUCAUAUUGAUAACUCAACAGCUGUGCAAAAAACAUUCGAGUGGUGAUAAAAAGUUUAAAAUCAAUAAAUAAAUAUGAGUGGUGAUAAUAAAUAUAUAUGUGGAGUGGAAGGAGGCGGAACACGUUCCAAUUUAUUAAUAUGCGACCUGAAUCAAACGAUUAUGGUAAAUAUAGCUGGUCCCGGAACCAACCACUGGAUUUUAGGUAGACAAGAAUGUGCACGAAGAAUUGUCGACAUGGUAAACAAAGGUAAAGAAGAAGCAAAAAUCAAUCAAAAUCAACCAUUAGCUUGUCUGAGUUUAUGUCUCAGUGGUUGUGAAGAAAAAGAAUCAAAUGAUUUGCUAGAAAAAGAAAUACGAAGUUUGUGCCCCCAGCUUAUGGAGCUUUGCGUAAUUCACAGCGAUACAUUUGGAAGUAUAUCUGCUGCUACUGAUGCAGGAGGCAUGGUUUUGAUAUCAGGUACUGGUUCCAAUGGUAUUUUACGCAACCCAGAUGGAAAACAAUACAAUUGCGGGGGCUGGGGUCACUUAUUAGGCGAGAAAGGAAGUGCCUGGUGGAUUAGUAGUACAGCUAUUGUGACUGUUAUUGAUGAACAAGAUGAAUAUUCAUCCAGCCCCUAUAGUAUAAAUAAUGUUUGGGAGGAUAUAAAGGAAUAUUUUAAUAUUGAACGAAGAGUUGAAUUAUUGGAUCAUUUUUAUGGAAAGUUUGAGAAGAAUAAAAUAGCUGGGCUUUGUGAAAAGUUAUGCGAAUCUGCAGAUUCAGGAGACGAGUUGAGUAAAUCUAUUUUCAAAGAAGCUGGACGAUCCUUAGGGAGACACGUUACAGCUUUAUUGCCAAAGGCCGACCAGAAGCUUUUAGAGGAACCAUUGACAGUUGUUUGCGUGGGUUCUGUUUGGAAAAGUUGGAGACAUCUAAAACCAGGAUUUGUCGAAGUCUUAGAACAAUUCAGAGGUGUUGAAAGUCGUUUCGAGUUAAAUUUAGUCCAAUUGAGAGAAGUUGGAAGUAUAGGAGCUCUGUAUAUUGCGGCUGAUGAAAUCAAAAUGGACAUGAAAAAGGAUUAUAAAAACAAUUAUAGAUCAUUUUUCGUAUUUUGUAAAAACUGA